UAUGGGAGAGGUUGAUCCGACUGGUGAAAAAGAUCCUCUAUUCAGUCCUUAAAGAGCAAGUACUGGAUGAUGAGGCUUUGCAGACCGCCUUGUGUGAAGUUGAGGCGAUUAUGAACGACAGACCAAUCACUACUGUAACAAAUGACCCUAAUGAUCUAGAACCCCUGACUCCGAACCAUCUGCUUCAUCUGAAAGCUAAGCCAGUCCUGCCACCAGGACUAUUCCAGAGAAGCGACCUAUACACACGAAGGAGAUGGAAGCAAGUACAAUAUAUCACUGACCUCUUCUGGAAGAGAUGGAUCAGGGAGUAUCUUCCACUUAUGCAGGAGCGGAACAAGUGGAACAAAACUAAGAGAAACUUCAGUCCUGGUGACCUCGUGGUCAUCGUCGACGACACCGCCCCAAGGAACUCCUGGCUAAUGGGGCGUGUGGUGGAGGCCUUGCCAGGGGCCAAAGGUCUUGUCCGGAACGUCAUGGUUAAGACUAAGACCAAUAUCUUACAGAGACCUAUCAAUAAACUCUGUCUGCUCCUUGAGGCGACUGAGUGAAACACACACACACACACACACACAGUGCUCCAUCUUAGAAUCACGUGCACCUCUGAUUCGUUGAUGUCGUACUCUUACAUUCUUUGAUGUCAAACAUUUUUGGACGUCAAACUCUUGACAUUUUUGGAAGUUGAACACCUUUACACUUCAACUCAGACUGAGAUCUAUGGACUAUUUUUCUAUAUGGCACCUUGUAUAUUUGUAUAUAGCUAUCAACUGUAAUCGUGCUCUGGUAUAGAAUGUUUUGUGUAUUGGCUCUAUGUCUGAAUAUUAAGUAAUUGUUGUGCAUUCAGGCAGUCAACAAUUAGGGGCCGGUAUGUUAGAGCCGAUUUGGACAUAUUUGUGUAAAAGACUGAACAUAUGGAGCUCCAUGUAUAUUUGUGUAAAUAUAUUAAAUAUUAAUGUAAAUGAUGAAAUAUUAGGUACGUACCAUUAUGAUUUAUAUUUACCUGAUUUGAGAUAUAUUCAUUUGUCGUUUGUGUAACUCAGUUUUUGUCCCCCCCUCUUGCCUAUUCAUUGUAUUGUGGUAAGUGUGUUAGGAUAAAGGCAGGAAGUUGGGCCUUCGGGAGAGGGAGUCCUUGCUAGAUGCGGGAGCGGUAUAGUUUUUUGACCAUACAUCCAUACAUACAUCCAUACAUACAUCCAUACAUACAGGUCAUAAUAUGUAUUUUCCAUAUCAAGUAUUCUCUGCUUUAAGUUGAUUGGAGAAUAACUUAUUUGUUAGAUAUAAGAAGAAUAAACAUUUUUGUUGCACCAUAUCCCUGGAUGUCAUCGAAUGUUUGGCCGUUUGGGAAACCUUGAGUGUGGACUGUAUGCGUACCAAACAACCCCGCUUCAGGCUUGGGCAGUGGCUAUGGUAAAGACGAAAGGAAGCCACUACAGGUCAGAAGUGUUGGAGUGUGACUUACACCCAUCAGAAGAUCUGUGCUUUGAAGGGGUCAACAGUGGACAUAUCCUGCUCUUACACAUAUCCCAGUUACCAUGAGAUCAAACAAACUUUCUGGUUUACUAAAUGGUCUGGUAUGGAGGCUGAAGAUCUGAGCUCAGUGCCAGGGUAUGAGGGUCAUAUAGAGUACCUUGGGGAUAAGGAGAGUGACUGUACCCUGAGAAUCACAGACCUGAGAUUGAGUGACUCUGCUGGGUUCAGGUUCAGAUUCAUAACAUCUGGAGGAAAGUUUCAUGGCUCACCUGUCUCUCUGACUGUCACAGAUGUUGUGUUGGAGAUGGAUCCUACAUCUGUGUCAGAGGGGGAGAGAGUCACACUGAGAUGUAGAACCAACUGUACACUGGACCCCAUCACAGUCUACAGUUGGUAUAAGAAUGGACAGCCUAUACCAAACAGCAACACCUCCUCUCCUGUCUAUAUCCUGUUCUCAGUCAGCAGUGAGGAUACAGGCAGAUACUCCUGUUCUGUAGAAGGACAUGAGGAUCUCCCCUCUGAUGAAGAGACUCUCACUGUCACAUAUGGACCAAGGAACACCUCAGUGUCAGUCAGUCCCUCUGGUGAAAUAGUGGAGGGCAGUUCAGUGACUCUGACCUGCAGCAGUGAUGCCAACCCACCUGUGGACAAAUACACCUGGUACAAGAAGAACGUAGCCUCACCAAAGGCAUCAGGACAGAGUUACAACAUCACUAACAUCAUCUCUGAGGACAGAGGAGAAUAUUACUGUGAGGCUGAGAAUAUAAUAGCAUCUAAUAACUCUACAGCUCUGAUGAUCAUUGUAGCAGGGAAACAGACCUCAGUUCUGAUUGCAGCUGUAGGGAUCAUAGUGGUUGUUCUGGUUCUCAUCCUCUGUCUCUCUGGACUCAUGUUGUUCAGGAAGAAGGCCUCCAAACCCACCUAUGUCACAAGAGACACAGCAGACGAUGGACAUGGAGACUCUAGUCCAGUGUAUGACAACAUCUCAAACAUGGCCAUGACCUCUACUGCAGCACAGACAGAGUCCACAUACGACCAGGAUGAUGUUCACUACGCCAGCGUCCACUUCUCUCGUCCCAAAAACCAUGAAAUGCCUCUGUACUCCACCGUCCAGCUGCUUCAACCCCAGAAAGAGGAUGAGGAUGUCCAGUACGCUGCUUUGAAAUUCAACCUCCCCAGUGCUGCCACCUGACCCGCAGCAGCACAAGCAGCUGAGGAGGACUCCUCUGUUCUCUACAGUACAGUCAACAAACCCUGAACCAAGAAGACCUGAACACAACAAACCCAGAACCAAGAAGACCUGAACACAACAAACCCAGAACCAAGAAGACCUGAACACAACAAACCCAGAACCAAGAAGACCUGAACACAACAAACCCAGAACCAAGAAGACCUGAACACAACAAACCCAGAACCAAGAAGACCUGAACACAACGAAACCAGAACCAAGAAGACCUGAAAACAACAAACCCAGAAUCAAGAAGACCUGAACACAACAAACCCAGAAAGAAGAAGACCUGAACAGAACAAGUUUGACAAAAACCUUGUAUAUCUGGACCUGUAUAUCUAAACUAAGUGAUAUAAUGCCUGUGGAGGUGUGGAAUAUUGACCAUUAUAAACUGGGUGGUUUGAGCCCUGAAUGCUGAUUGGCUGACAGGUGUGGUAUACCAGACCGUAUACCAUGGGUAUUAACAUUUGUAUUUACUGGUCUAAGUACAUUGGUAACCAGUUUAAAACAAGGCACCUCAGGGUUUGUGGUGCAUCCAAGCACUCCGCGUUGCAUUGUGCAUAAGAACAGCCCUUAGCGGUAGUAUAUUGGCCAUAUACCACACCUCCUCAGGCCUUAUUGCUUCAGUUUAUAAUGGCAACAAGGUACUUCAGGGGUUUGUGUUAUAUGACCAACAUACUGUUCCACGGCUUAUUUUAAACUGGUUGACAACAUAAAUAGAACAGUAAACAAGUCUUUUUACGUCAUACCCGUGGUAUAUUGUCUGAUAUACAGUAUAGACUUCUGAAAUGCUGUUUCAGCCAAUCAGCAUCCAGGGCCAAAACUACCCAGUUUAUAAUAGUAUUUAAUAAUAUAUGCCAUCGAGUAGACACUUUUAUCCAAGUCAUUAGUCAUGUUUGAAAACACUUUUCGUAUGGGAAGUCCCAGCAGGAAUUGAACCCAUGCACCAUGCUGUACCAACUGAGCCACAGGACGACUCUAUUCAAAUGUAGAGUAGGAGUUCUGAUCUAGGGUCAGUUAUGACUCUGAAACAAUGAUGAAUAUGGACCUUAAGGGACCUUAACAUUUUUUAUAUAUAUUUUACGUUGAAAAAUAUUGUAUUUCUGACGUAGGUAACCUUGAGUUCCAUUUAUAUCUUACAGUGCAUUCGGAAAGUAUUCAGACCCCUUGACUUUUUCCACAUGUUGUGAUGUUUCUAACUUUUGCUCAAAUUGAUGAAAUAGUUCUCUCCUCAUCAAUCAACACACUAAACUCAUAAUGCUAAAGCAAAAAAUAUUUUUAGACAAUUUUGCAAAUGUAUAAAUACAAAAAAACUGCAAUAUCACAUUUACAUAAGUUUUCAGACCCUUUAAUCAUUCCUUUUCAAAGCACCUUUGGCAGCGAUUACAGCCUCGAGUCUUCUUGGGUAUGACGCUACAAGCGUGGCACACCUGUAUUUGGGGAAUUUCUCCCAUUCUUAUCGCCAGAUCCUCUCAAGCUUGGUCGUGUUGGAUGGGGAGCGUCGCUGAACAGAUAUUUCCAGGUCUCUCCAGGGAUGUUCAAUCAGGUUCAAGUCCGGGCUCUGGCUGGGCCACUCAAGGACAUUGAGAUUUCUCCCGAAGCAACUCCUGCUUUGUCUUGGCUGUAUGCUUAGGGUCCUUGUCCUAUUGGAAGGUUGAACCUUCACCCCAGUCUGAGGCCCUGAGCCCUCUGGAGCUAGUUUUUGUCAAGGAUCUCUCUGUACAUUUCUCCAUUCAUCUUUCCCUCGAUCCUGACUAGUCUCCCAGUCCCUGCCGCUGAGAAAUAUCCCUACAGCAUGAUGCUGCCACCACCAUGCUUUAACGUAGGGAUGGUGCCAGGUUUCCUCCAGUGGCGAUGCUUUGCAUUCAGGUUUCAUCAGACCAGAUAAUCUUGUUUCUCAUGUUCUGAGAGUCUUUAGUUGCCUUUAGGCAACCUCCAAGCAGGUUUUCAUGUGCCAUUGGCUUCUGCUUCUGUCUGGCCACUCUACCAUAAAGGCCUGAUUGGUGGAGUGCUGCAGAUAUGGCUGUCCUUCUUGAAGGCUCUCUCAUCUCCACAGAGGAACUCUGGAGCUCUGUCAGAGUGAACAUUGGGUUCUAGGUCACCUCGCUGACCAAGGCCCUUCUCCCCCGAUUGAUCAGUUUGGCCAGGCGGCCAGCUCUAGGAAGAGUCUUGGUGGUUCCAAACGUCUUCUAUUUAAGAAUGAUGGAGGCCACUGUUUUCUUGGACAUUAAAAAAUACAGAAAUGUUUUGGUACCCUUCCCCAGAUCUGUGCCUCAGCACAAUCCUGUCUCGGAGUUCUAGAGACAAAUCCUUCGACCUCAUUAUUUUUGCUCUGACAUGCACUGCAAACUGUGGGACCUUGUAGACAGGUGUGUGCCUUUCCAAAUCAUGUCCAGUUAAUUUAAUGUAUUACAGAUGGACUCCAAUCAAGUUGUAGAAACAUCUCAAGGAUGAUUAAUAGAAACAGGAUGCAGCUGAGUUCAAUUUCGAGUCUCAAAUCAAAAGGUCUGAACACUUAUCUAAAUAAUGUAUUUCUGUUUUUUAGUUUUAAUACAUUUGCAAACCUUUCUAAAAACCUGUUUUUGUUUUGCCAUUAUGGGGAUAGUGUGGUAUAUUUUUUAUUUAAUCUAUUUUAGAAUAAGGCUGUAACAUAUCAAAAUUUGAAAAAAGUCAAGGGGUCUGAAUACUUUCCCAAUGCAUUGUAUAUAAUUCUAUCUUUUUUAUGUUAUGUUUCUGAAACAAUCAUCAAACUUGUGAGACUUUUGCCUCAACGUCCAGGAAAGAGUUCUGCUUGAUGCAAUGUUUCUUAUUGCUUUUAUCAAAUUUUAUUUUUUGUAAACUGUGUUGUUACAUUUUUUUAAAUAGACUUUUAAGAAUGAA